GGGAGAAAGACAUCUGAGGCGGAUAGCUCUUUCCAGCAAUUGAAUCUUUAAAUCUGCUCAUUUUAAAUUGAUCUCUCAGAGGCAAGGUGUCAUGUCAGAUACAAACGGGCAAAACAGCAGGAGCAAUAUAGUGCAGCGGGUGGCUGGCCUCCCCCUGGUCUGCUCCGCGCUCCAGAACGUGAGUUCCGUGUAUGUGGUGGUGAAGGAUCGCUACCCUCUACUGGGCUUCAUGGCAGAUCUCUCCAGUCUUGGGCUGCACGUCUUCACCCUGACGGCCAAGCAGCAGGCAGGACCACUACUAGAGAGCCUGAGACCACAGAUUGAUGCUGUCAACCACUAUGCUAAUGUGGGUUUGGACCAGAUGGAGAGCAGCUUCCCAGUCCUGAACCAGUCCGCAGAGGAGGUGCUGGGUCACCUGAAGGAUGGCUUUUACCUGACUCUAGACGAUGCUCAGAUGCGCCUGAUUGAAGGGCUGGAUGUGGUGCUGAACAGGUGGGAGCAGCUGGUGGAUGUCAUCUGGGAUCUGCUGAUAGCCCUACAGAACUCCUCCAUGGGCCAGGUGGUGACCUCAAGCCUGGACGAGGUCCUCACACGUACCGAGGAAGCUGUCAACCACUACCUGCCUAUGCCCCCAACAAUGCGACAGGAAUUUGAGUUAAGGGCUUCGCUGUAUGAAGACGACGAUGAUGACAAUGACGAACCUGGGCUGUGGACACGCGUGCGCUGGCUUUUGCUCAAUCUGAGUCUCCAACUGUACCACCAAGCCCUGAAGCUGAGGGCGCAGCUGUACCGCGUCAUCCAGACACUGGAGGGGGCUGCUAACACACUGGGGCUCACUAAAUUGAUGGACGUGGUGGUUAAGAUGCUACAGAACCUGAUGGCUUUCUACAUGUCUCAGGUGAAGGAGAUCAGGGGUCUACGGGACAUGGCACUGGGGCAGCUCUCUGACCUCGUCCAGACCUUCCUGAAGUUGCCGCCUAUGCCACAGAUCCAGGCUUUGCCUGCCCAGGUGGGUGAGGUGGUCACCAGCUUGAGAGAGCUGAGCCUGGUCCUCAUCCAGCUCCUCAUCAACACCACUCCUCUCUACAGCAUGCUGGAGCAGCCAACAGAGCAGGAGCUCCUGGACUACCUUAAUCAGGAGGAGCCAUCUGGGGGGCCAUUAACGACACAUAGCUCCUCCAACAGCCUCUUCCUGAAGGCCAUGGAUGGCCGUCCACGCCGCCGCCGGAGUUUUUACGCACGACGCCGAGGCUCCACAGGCCAUGCGUCUGACCCCUCCAUCCCGAGCACUUCCGUGACCCCCCUAGCCCCCACUCCCGCCCCUCUACCGGCCAACGGCCGCAGGGGCAGCGUGAAGCGCGGCAGCCAGCCUGAACUAGACACCCUGGCCCCGUCCCCCACCAACAUGAUCCGCCGCAAGUCAUCUGCUGCGGAGGUCCUCUUAGCACCUAUCAUUCAGCUGGUCUCUCAGAGCCAACGGGCCUUUGAGUAUCUGAGCUCAACUCCAAACGAAGAAGAGCAGUCCAGUGAGGAUUAGGCCCCUUGCGCAACCCCUUUGCCUUACGCAAUUGUCAGAGUUAUCAAGUUUCAUGAGUAUCCCAAAUUUCAUCCCAGAAGCAAAGAGGCCUUAGUGGUGGUAAAAAGUGGUGGAGACUACAGCAAAUUCCAAAUCAGGAACAUAAUUCAAUUAAAAAUGUAUUACAUUGUGCAAAGCUGCAAUUUUUCCAUGAAACAGAAUCAUAGGAAUGCAGAAAGAUCUAAAAUGAUAACUUCGCUCAUAAUCAAUGUAUUGUUCUUGUACCUACGUGAGAUAGAAAACUGCCUCCAUGCAAUUUAGUAUAGUUAUUGACAUUUCUUACAUAGUAUAUAUUCAUGCAUGUUUUAUGGCAACAGUUUAAGGGCAAUGGGUACUCUUUAUCAAUGACUUGUUUAAUACUAUCCUGCAAAUGUAUAAUAUAUUGCCUAGCAUUACAGCAUCCCUUUAGCUACAACUGUCUGAGGCUGUUCAUCGUUGCUCUCUGCUCUGGCACUUAAAACUAUUAUCUGCAGAUUCAGUCACGAUGCAUCUGAAGCCCAAAGUGGCCUACACAUUGUGUUGUGCACUGGAGGCACCAUUUGGUUUAACACUUCCGUCCACUUAUGUUGUCAUUUAAGACUGUAAAUGCGCUAAAAAAAAAAGAGUCUGACAUAGAGGAAAGAGAUAAUAGGUGGAGGUAGAUUUCAUGGAGUAAGUAAUGAAAGGUGUACGAGACAGAUGAGACCUCUAGGUAGUUAAUUUGGAUAAUAAAAAGUGUAACUUACUGUGGGUUUCUAUGGACAUGCUGCGGAUCAUUUUUACCUUCUGUACACACAAUUUAGAACAUAAAAUGGUUGCCUAAAUGGUUGCCCAAGUCUUACAUAAGUAGAUCAUGACUUUUUUCUUUAGUUUCUUGAGUUUUUCUGUCUAAAGAUAGUCUGUUUGUGUAAAGUGAAGGAGAUACUUUAAUUGUACUGCACUAGAAGAGAAUAUCUAAUAAGGCAUGUGGGUGUUCAGCAAUAGGAACCCUGUCACCAAGAGCAGAGGGAAUUCUGCAGAGGAGGUUGGACUUGCGUGGGCUCCUCAGUCUGGGGCUCUGUGAGGUGGAGAGUGGGAUGUGUGCCUGUUAAUCUCACCCAAUUAGAAGAGCAUUAUUCAGACAUGGAGGCCUACUCCCGUUCUGUCAAUCACACAAAUGUGCUUUUGGUCUGUAGUUCAAGUCAUAACUAUUUUGGCAGUGGUUUGGAGGAGGCCUACUUUCGCAUAUUAAAACCAUAAUUAUGUAUUCUUGGAAGCAAUGACUACCAACUUGCCAUUUGCCUACAGUUAACUCUACGAUUUAUUGUAUUCUACUGUUUUUUCUAUAUUGUUCUUCUGCAGCUGUUUUCCUAUUUGUACACUUCACUUUUGCCUGUCUCUAAAGUACAAUUAUUUCAUUUAAAUCCUCUGUGAAAUUUGUUUUAAAAUUAGCCUAAAAACAGCAUUCUGUCUGAGGAUUUUUGGCAUGGACGAGAAAUAAAUAAAGUUUAGUAGUCUUUCACAUG